GAACUCAUUAAGGGCAAUCUCAGGAUUAGUCAAUUUGCUAAAAAUCUAAAGAAUUUUUCUUUUUGCCAUAUUUCUAAAUGCAAUCUCAAAAGUUGCUAUAUACCCAAUUUCCCAUUUUGUUCCCUUUCAAACACAAACAAACAAGAGCUAGACCAAGCCUUCGUAUUCCUUUUACGCUCUAAGGUCCUCUGGAAUUAUUCUCUUAUCAGUUUCAGACCGAUCGAAAAGCUUUUCGAACGACGAGGAUUAUUGGUGGAUCCAAGAACAAGUUAGAGCCAAACAGUUUUCGAAUUGGUAUUAAGAAAAAUGGACUAAAAGAUGGCGGUGUAUGUGCUGCUUUUUGGUCAUGUGGGAACGGAAUAAUACAUUGUUUAGCAGGGGAGUGGGGAAAAACUCCAACUCUUCGUACUCUUUAAAGCCAAGUUGGAGAAACUUUUGUUGCCGGAAUUUCUCAUCUUUUGCCGGAAAAUUGUGACUAUUCAGUCGAAGUAUUUGACCAGUUGAAAAAAAGCAGAUAAAUGAUGAUAGCUCUCAAGGAUUUGGUGCCAGCAGCCCAGAACAAUGUCAAUACACAAUUCAUAGUUUUGGAGAAAGGCAUGACAAUAAUGGAAGGACAAAACAAGGCAUGCCAAUCACUGGUGGCCGACGAGACAGCAGCAGUUCACUUCCAGCUAUGGGGAGACGAGUGCGACGUCGUUGAGCCAAGCGACAUUAUACGAUUAACGAAUGGGAUAUUUUCGUACAGCCGAAACAACAAUCUGGUGUUGAGGGCAGGGAAGAGAGGGAAGAUAGAGAAGGUAGGAGAGUUCAAGAUGGUGUUUGUAGAAACACCAAAUAUGAGCGAGAUCCAUUGGGUUCCUGACACCACUAACUCCAACAAGUAUGUGAAAGAAUCCGUUUUAUCUCCCUAUUCUCGCAUCUUUCCUCCCAUCCGUUGAUAGCCUUGUGGUGGUUUUGGACCAAAUUUGAGAAAGAAAGGUCAAGAAAAGAGUAGAUUUUGAAGAUGCAUUUGGCACUAUACUUACCUUCCAUCGUUGAGUCAGACGCUGUGGAAGUUACUAAUGUUCUGACUAGUUGCUUGGAGUGUCUGAUGGAAAGCAUAAAAUAUCACUGAUGCUAUUUGUUCUGUGUCAUCGCUAAUGGCUGAUGUGAGUUUUUGUCAUUGUUGUCUAGAGCUGAAAAUACAAUAGUCCAAUAUGUAGCUCGUGAAGCUCGUGCGAGGUAUUUUUUUUAAUCUAAUUAGAAAGUUUUUUCUUCUCUGAAA